UUUAAACUGGCAUAGUUAUCCUUUUAUAACUUCUCCUGUUGGCACUAGGGAUGUAAACUCACGGUUAAUCAGUUAAACCUUAGGUUUUACCAGUUAACUCAUUAACUUGGAUCCACUAGUAGUCCUAAGCACAGGGGAACCGACUUCUGCUUUUACUGCUCCUUCCCAAGUGGAGUGGCUGGCUCUUCCUCCCUCCUUCUCUCUGUACAGUGGUGCCAGCUGUGAGAAGGCGGCUGCUCCCUGGUACUGGUUCAUCAGUAUGCAUCAUGCAGCAAGGGUGAUGCUUACCAGUGCAAUCAUGCGGGUGUGCUGGCUAGUGAGGAAAGAUAAAUGCUGUCAGCGAAUCAAAUUGCCACACUUAGAAACAACAGUAAUAGGGCGUGGCCCAGAGACCGAAAUAACAGACAAGAAAUGUUCAAGGCAACAGGUGCAGCUAAAAGCGGACUGUAAUAAAGGGUAUGUCAAGAUCAAACAGAUGGGAGUUAACCCAGCCAGUGUUGAUUUGGUGGAUAUUGGCAAGGAUGAAGAAGUGAAGCUGAAGCCAGGACAGGUUCUACAUCUUGUAAAUAAACGUUAUCCCUACACUGUACAAUUCUUGGAAGACACAGGGGCCUCUGGCACAGGAGCAGAAGGAAAGACAAAAGCUAGCAAGCGGUCGUACAUAGACUCUGGGAAUAGUUGCAUGGAAAACAUCCCUGAAAAAAGUAUGAAAAUGGAGCAACUAGACUUGCAAGACGGCAGUUCAAGCUGCAUGCCAAAAAAUACCAGUAAUUCUUUCUCCUCUGCUCAUGACAGCUCUUCCAGCCACAAGGAACACUUAGGACAUUGGAGUCAAGGUCUGAAAAUCUCCAUGCAAGACCCAAAAAUGCAGGUUUACAAAGAUGAAAGGGUUGUGGUCAUUAAGGAUAAAUAUCCCAAAGCUCGUUAUCACUGGCUAAUCUUACCCUGGGACUCCAUCUCCAGUCUAAAAUCUGUAACAAAACAGCAUCUUGAACUGCUAGAACACAUGCAUGCUGUUGGGGAGAAGGUGGUCCAACAGUGCCUGGAUAAAGACAGACUGGAGUUCAGACUGGGUUACCAUGCAAUUCCCAGCAUGAGUCAGGUACAUCUCCAUGUAAUCAGCCAGGAUUUUGAUUCCCCUUGCCUUAAAAACAAAAAACACUGGAAUUCUUUUACCACCGAGUACUUCUUAAACUCUCAAGAUGUGAUAGAGAUGGUAAAGACCAAAGGAAAAGUUCUGGUUAAAGAUGGGACCUGUGAGCUCCUCAAGUUGCCCCUCAGAUGUCACAUGUGCAAGCAGCACCUACCUACCAUCCCACAGUUAAAAGAACAUCUCAAGAAACAUUGGCCAAAGUAACUGUAAACAUCACUGUAAAUCUGACCAGUCUAGAGCUAAAAACAAUCCCCCAGAAAACUUCUUUAAUCAAGUUGAAUAGAUUUUUGUUUUAGCUGCUGGAAAGAUUCUUCCCUGGGGAAAACAGCAUACAACUUGACAUUUUGUAACAACUUUUUAGAAGACAAAUAAAGCAGCCUCAGGGUCAGUA